UGAGUUGUCAGCACAACGAAUGUCACGAGAAUGUCUUGCUUUUACUCGUGUUCGCCCACAGCUUUCCGGUUGCUGGAAGCGUUACUCCGCUAGGCUAUAAUAUAACUCGAAUGUCGCCUAAAUGUGUAUGGAGUUGCACAUGGAGUCCAGGUAGGCUAUUGUCCUAAUGAACUGAAUACAUGGAGAGGGGCUCGAACAUGACGGACGAGAAGGAUUGUGCGGACUGGAUGUCACAUCUUCCAGAUAAACUCUGGAGGGUACCACUAUGGAACCUCGCCAUCCCAGGUAGUCAUGACACAAUGACCUAUCAUCUGGAUGACCAUUCACCCAUUGUACCGUCUGCAUCCUACUUUUUGAGAAUGCUAGACCAUUGUUUGCCCUGUUUCACACGCCCUUAUAUGAAGAGGUGGGCCACAACCCAGACAAGGGACAUUUCAGAUCAGCUUGACGCGGGGAUUCGGUUCCUGGAUCUGAGGGUCGCUCAUAAGAGACAAGAUGACAACGAUCAUUUCUAUUUCGCCCAUGGAAUCUACUCUAAGCAGACUGUGAAGGACACCGUCACAAAUGUAGCACAAUGGCUACAGAAGCAUCCUAAGGAGCUGGUGAUCAUUGCAUGUUCAGCAUUCGAUGGCAUGAAUAAAGAAGAACACCUGGAACUUAUUUACUUCCUGAGAGGACUAUUUGAGAAAAAACUGUGCCCCAAGACCGAAACCCCCUCCCUCAGUCUGUGCUGGGAAUGUGGCUAUCAGGUGAUCCUCUCGUAUGACAACCCAGUUGCAGAAAAAUACACUGGCUUCUGGCCGAAGAUUGAUUACUGGUGGGCCAAUACGCCUGACCCAAAGGAUCUCAUCUUAUUUCUUGAGGGGCAGAAAGAAAGUGGAAGGCCAAAAGAGUUAUUUUUUGUGGCUGGAAUGAACCUCACAGAAGAUGUACAAUAUGUCUUGCAGCAUCCUUGCCAAACUAUGAGGAGUAUGACUUUGAAAGCCUAUAACUUUUUACUUGACUGGGUCAAGAAGCAGCAUCCGGGUCCAAGUAAAAGAAGUCUUAACAUCAUCUGUGCAGAUUUUGUGGGAGACAAUGAAUUUGCUCAUAUUGUGAUUGCACUUAACAAACAAAUUCUCUGUUGAUCUGUGUUGGUUUGAUCUGCUGCAAAUGCAUUAAUAUCAGUGAGCAUAUGCACACCUGUUUGCACAACUGUU